AAGGUAACGAAGCUUCAAUGUAGCGAAUUUUAAUUUUAAUUUCAAUUCGAAGCAGUAAUAAGAACAAGUAGUAAGGAAUAGAAUGGUAGUUUGAUUUGUGUGAUGUGUGACACAGACACCACAGAACACAGCAACCAAAUAAAGAGACAAAGGAAUCAAUAAAUCCCGUUUCGUUUCAUUCAUUUAUAGUGUGAUUCGAAUAUUGUUGCAUUUAAUUUCGAGUUCUUAAUUUAAUUAAUAUCACAUCUAGGGAUUUCAAUUUUCACUAUGGAUGCCGAAGUCGAUGAAGCUCCACGUAACCAAUCUCCUCCUCCGCUUCAACAACCCUCCGAUUUGUCACCUCCGCAGCCGCAGAACCUUCCAAUCAAUGGCGAUAUUCACGACUCUCUUUCUAAUUUCCCCAACGACGGAGGCCUUAAUGCCGAGAUUACAGAGGAGACGAAUGAUGACGCCAUGGAAACAGCGGUUGUUUUUGAUCACGUGGUAACCAUGGAUGUCGGUGAAUUGCAUGUGGUGGAUGGUGAAAUUGUUGCGGAGGAGAAGGGGAAUGAUGGAACCGACGUUGAUUUGGAGCCUGUGAAUGUGGAAGGGGACGAACUCAAUUUAAAAAUUGUGGAGGAGGAGGUUCAAGUUAGGGAAGAUAACACAUGUGAUGCUCCUUUGAUGGUAGAGCAAGAACAUCAAGGAGACGCUGAACAACAAGAGCAAGUGCAAGGAGAAGGAGAUGGAGAAGGAGAAGGAGAAAGAGAAGGAGAAGGAGAAGGAGAAGGAGAAGAGGAAGUGGAAGGAGAACAACAACUUCACCAUCAAGUAGACGAUGAAAAACAAGAGCAAGAGCAAGAACAAGAAGAGGAUGAAGAAGAAGGAGAGCAACAACAUCAAGAAGAUGAUGAAGAACAAGAGCAAGAGCAAGAGCAAGAUGAGGACGAAGAAGAAGAAGAAGAAGCUGAUGGUGAUGGUGGUUUUGCAGAAGAUAAAGAGGUUGCUGAGGAGAUGGAGGUGGUUGAGGAGGCGAGUGUUGGGAAAAGGAAGCGUGGACAUGGGAAGAAUUCAAAGUCCAGUGGGAGAGUUCCUUCGAGGAAAAAGAUGGAAGAGGACGUCUGUUUCAUUUGCUUCGAUGGGGGUGACCUUGUGCUCUGUGACCGCAGGGGUUGCCCCAAGGCUUACCACCCUUCUUGUGUUAAUCACGACGAGGCAUUCUUUCAAACCAAGGGAAAGUGGAAUUGUGGUUGGCAUAUUUGCAGCAACUGUGAGAAGAAUGCAUUUUAUAUGUGCUAUACAUGUACAUUCUCUUUGUGCAAGGGUUGUAUCAAAGAUGCUGUUAUGUUAUGUGUUAGGGGAAACAAGGGCUUUUGCGAGACAUGCAUGAGAACAGUAAUGUUGAUUGAACAGAAUGAGCAGGGAAACAACAUGGUACAAGUUGAUUUUGAUGACAAAAAUAGCUGGGAAUAUCUCUUCAAGGAUUACUAUGUAGAUCUAAAAGGAAAGCUAUCUCUAACAUUUGAUGAACUCAGUCAAGCUAAAAACCCUUGGAAGGGAUCUGAUAUGCUUCCUUCUAAAGAGGAAUCGCCAGAUGAACUUUUUGAUGCCACUAAUGAUAGAGGAUCAGAUUCUGAUAGCUCAUAUGUGAACGCAGAUUCGAGUCGACCUAAAAAAAGGAAGUCCAAGAAACGGGCAAAGUCUCGAUCCAAAGAAGGGAAUUCAUAUAGUGCAGUGACAGCGCAUCGUGCUGAUGGGACAUCUACAGAAGAAAGCACUGAGUGGGCUUCAAAGGAGCUUUUGGAGUUUGUUAUGCACAUGAGAAAUGGAGAUAAAUCUAUGUUGUCACAGUUUGAUGUGCAGGCUCUUUUGCUAGAGUAUAUUAAAAUAAAUAAGCUUCGAGAUCCUCGCCGAAAAAGUCAAAUCAUUUGUGACGUGAGGCUUCAAAAUUUGUUUGGUAAACCAAGAGUUGGACAUUUUGAAAUGUUAAAACUUCUUGAGUCCCAUUUCCUUAUCAAAGAGGAUUCUCAGGCUGAAGAUCUCCAGGGGAGUGUCGUUGAUACUGAAAUUAGUCAUUUGGAUGGUGAUGGCAAUGGCGAUGCAUUUAUGAAAGCUGGAAAAGAUAAGAAACGUAAAAGUCGUAGAAAGGGCGAUACACAAUCUAAAGUUGAUGAUUAUGCGGCUAUUGAUAAUCAUAAUAUUAAUUUAAUUUAUCUAAGGCGCAAUUUAGUGGAAGAUUUACUUGAAGAUACAGAGAAGUUUCAUGAUAGUGUUGUUGGUUGUUUUGUGAGAAUAAGAAUUUCUGGUAGUGGUCAGAAGCAAGAUUUGUAUAGACUGGUUCAGGUUGUAGGUACAUGCAAAACAGCAGAGUCAUAUAAAGUUGGUAAAAGGAUGACAGAUAUCUUGCUAGAAAUCUUAAAUUUAAACAAAACAGAGAUUGUAUCAAUGGAUAUCAUCUCAAAUCAGGAGUUCACAGAGGAUGAGUGCAAGCGUCUCCGCCAAAGCAUAAAAUGUGGCCUCAUAAAUCGGAUGACUGUGGGUGACAUUCAGGACAAAGCUAUUGCACUUCAGGCCGUUAGAGUAAAAGAUUGGCUAGAAACAGAGAUAGUGCGGCUAAGUCAUCUUCGUGAUAGAGCUAGUGAGAAAGGACGCAGAAAAGAGCUCCGAGAAUGUGUAGAGAAAUUGCAGCUUUUGAAAACCCCUGAAGAACGGCAACGUAGAUUGGAGGAAAUUCCAGAAAUACAUGUGGAUCCAAAGAUGGAUCCAAGUUAUGAGUCUGAUGAAGGAGAUGAAAUGGAGGAUAAAAGACAAGAAAACUUCAUGAGACCAAGAGGGUCUACUGUGUUUGGAAGGAGGGGUAGAGAAACUGUUUCGCCAAGAAGUGGUUCCAUUUCAAGUGAUUCUUGGAGUGGAACAAAGAAUUACUCUCAUGUGAAUCAGGAACUCAACAGAAAUUUAUCUAAUAAGGGAUUUUCAGUCAAAGGUGAUGAUGUCUCUAAUGAUAGUGAGAUUUUAAAUGGUGCUCAAUUGCACCAGGGAAGAGAUAGGGAAUCACAUCUAUCUAAUAGCUGGGAGAGGCAAAAGCUAAUGUCUUCAAGCAUGGAGAGUGGUGCUAAAAAUAUCCAGCCAUUGGUAACAUCUGAGUCUUUUUCUACCGCUGUGUUAGAAGCUGCUGCAGUCCCAGCUGUGAAAGCUAACGAAACUGAAAAGAUGUGGCAUUAUCAGGAUCCUUCUGGAAAAAUUCAGGGACCAUUUUCCAUAGUGCAACUUCGCAAAUGGAAUAAUACAGGAUACUUUCCCGCUGAUUUGAGAGUUUGGAGAACCACCGAGAGACAAGAUGAAUCUAUACUCUUAACAGAUGUCUUUGCAGGGAAAUUUUCAAAUGAACCAUCCAUAGUGGAUAAAACUCCUCCCAAGGCUCAAAUAGUGCAUGAUGUACAUCACUCGUCCUCAUUCUCUGGGAAGUCUCCUUUGGUAGCUCAAGGUUUAGCCAGUAAAAUUUCCCCAUUGGUAGUUGAGGUCCCCAAGAAUCCUGGAAAUGGUUGGGGUUCUGAUGCUGUUGUCAGAAAUGAAUCAACAAAUCUUCCUUCACCUACUCCCCAAACUGCUUCAGGUGGGUUGAAGGGGAUUGCUUUUGAAAAUAAUUGGUCACCAACACCUGUCCAGUUGACUGGGCCUGUCUUGGGAAAUUCGCAACUUCAAGCAACAGAAUUGGCACAGGUUGUUUCAAACAUGCAAAACCAGACUGCGAGUGGCCAUAACUCUCGUGCUGAAGCUCAAGUGUGGGGUGGUCCGUCUGUGGUUCCAAAUAAUUCUGCUACCAUGCCUGCCCAGCCAGCUUCUCAUGGUCUAUGGGGUGAUGCUUCAUCUGUUCAGCAGAACUCUGCUUCAUUUACUACCGGAAAUCCAACUGGGAGUUUAUCCACACAUGGUUUUCAUGGCAUGAUGACUGCACCUGAGUCGUGGAGACCACAAGUUCCAAGUAGUCAAGCAAACAUCAUGGCCCCACCACCGCCUAACAUACCCUGGGGCAUGAACAUGCCAGGAAAUCAGAAUAUUAGCUGGAAUGGGUCUCUACCCGCCAACAUGAAUGUCAACUGGAUGCCGCCUGCACAAGUGCCUGCACCUGGAAAUGCAAAUCCAGGAUGGGCAGCUCCUACGCAGGGGAUACCUCCAGUAAAUUCAGUUAGCUGGGCAGCACCUGGUCAAGGUCUUCCCAAUGUGAAUGCAAAUGCAGGUUGGGCUGUGCCUAGUCAAGGGGUAGCACCAGGAAAUGCCAAUCCUGCUUGGGCUACAUCUGCUGGGAACCCAGGCAUGCGUGGAAAUGAACAAAGUCAUAAUGGAGACAGGUUUAACAACCAAGGGGAUCGCGGUAGCCGUGGUGGAGGUAAAUCUUGGAACAGACAGUCAUCGUUUGGAAGUGGAGGUGGAGGCAGAGGGGGCUCUUCUAGGUCUUCCGGUGGUGGGGGACAAAGAGGAGUCUGCAAGUUUUAUGAAAGUGGAAAUUGCCGGUGGGGAGCUUCCUGUGAUUAUCAACACAAGUAAGAGUUGUGGGGCUAAUUAUUUGCAAAGAAACAUCUCUUACUGUACAGUAUUUCCCCAUUACAUGACUUAACAUUGUGUAAUGACGCGUCAUGUAUGUAGAAGCUGUGUAUUGUAGCAUCUCAUUUAUUUCUUGUCUUUUUUUGGGCCUUGUAUUCAUGAGUCACUUGGAGUUGACUUAUAGGAAGGUUGACUAGCUACAUUAGUUGAGGUGCCUUUAGAUUAGAUUAAUAAAUGACGAAAGAGACGAGGCUAUAGAUUUUUGUUUUCAAAUGUUUCAUCUUAGUGCGGAAAGCAUUAGUAAAAGAUUACAAAUCAUGAACAAUGAAGAAUGCUUAAUUAUAUUAUAUAUUUUUUACAGCUCCA